AUGGAUGCUCUAAAUCCCAGAGAACAGCAAGAAUUCCAAAAAGUUGUGGAACAGAAACAAAUGAAAGAUUUCAUGCGUCUGUACUCCAAUUUGGUUGAGAAAUGUUUCACAGACUGUGUGAACGACUUCACAUCCGCCAAGCUCACCAACAAGGAACAAAGCUGUAUCUUAAAGUGUUCUGAGAAGUUUCUAAAGCAUAGUGAACGUGUUGGACAACGUUUCCAAGAGCAAAACGCAGCGUUGAGUCAAAGCAUGGGUCGUUGA